AUAUCGUGGUGAAAGACAACACCCCAAGCUUUAGUAAAAAGGUCACAAGAAGAAGAAGCAGCGGCCAAGUCACUGGAGUCUCCGCCAUCUGUGGCCGAUCUCAUCAUCUCUGCUUUAUUUUUUGGUAUUUCAUUGGUGAACUGAAGCCUCCAGAAUGGGGAAGACAGUGAAGCGAGCUGCCAAGAAGGGCAGUGGCUUUGUCAAGUCCAUGAACUCCAUGAACCCUGACCGGCCAGUGGACAAGGUGAAGCUGCGAGGUGCUCCCUAUGCCCGGGACAAGGCCACCAUCAAGAGGCUGCAGAUGUACAAGACAGGCAAGGCCAAGAGAGACAGGCGGGGCAAGAUUGUGAAGGAGGCCAUUUUCCAGAAUAAAGUCAGCUCAGGUACCCAAGCACGAGUGGAGCCCAACCAGCGAUGGUUUGGAAACACAAAAGUGAUUGGACAGAAGGCUCUUCAAACUUUUCAGGAGGAGAUGGGCAAAGUGAUGAAGGAUCCUUACAAGGUUGUGAUGAGAAAGACUGCCCUGCCCAUCUCCCUGCUGAAUGAGACAGCCAAAAACACCAGAGUGCACAUCUUGGACACAGAACCUUACAGCAGUGUGUUUGGAGCCAAGAAGACCAGAAAGAGGCCAAAUCUAAAGGUUGGAGACUUAGCUCAGUAUGCAAAAGUAGUAGAAGAAGCCUCUGAGAAUUAUGAUGCAGAGAAAGAUAAUGAUCUGGUGCGUCCUGAGCCAGACAGUCAUGAGCUGCCCCCAGAGUGGUUCAUGAAGGCUGGACAGAGCAAGCGUAUUUGGAAUGAGCUGUACAAAGUGAUUGACUCAUCAGACGUGGUGAUUCAGGUGCUCGAUGCCAGGGAUCCCAUGGGUACCAGAUCAAAAUUAGUUGAGAAAUACCUGCGUACAGAGACUCCCCACAAACACCUCAUCUUUGUGCUGAACAAGGUUGACUUGGUGCCAGUGUGGGUGACACAGAAGUGGGUGGCUGUCCUGAGCUCUGAGUACCCCACACUGGCCUUCCACUCUUCCAUCACCAACCCAUAUGGUAAGGGUGCUCUCAUCAACCUACUCCGCCAGUUUGGAAAGCUGCACCAGGACAAGAAGCAGAUCAGUGUUGGCCUCAUUGGGUUCCCCAAUGUAGGCAAAAGCUCCAUCAUCAACACCAUGAAGGCCAAGAAAGUGUGCAAUGUAGCACCACUUGCUGGGGAGACAAAAGUGUGGCAGUAUGUCACACUCAUGAGGAAAAUUUACCUGGUGGACUGUCCAGGCAUUGUGCCACCCUCCCACGAGAGUGCCACAGACAUGGUCCUUAAAGGUGCUGUGCGCACUGAGUACCUCAAGAACCCUGCUGACUACAUCAUGCCGUUGCUGGAGCGUGUCAAACGUGAGUACAUGUGCCGCACAUAUCUUGUGGAGAACUGGAGCACCCCAGAGGAGUUCAUGGAACAAGUGGCCCGGCGCACUGGGAAGCUGCUCAAGGGUGGUGAGCCAGAUGUCAAUACUGUGGCUAAGAUGAUCCUCAAUGACUGGCAGCGAGGUAAGAUCCCAUAUUUUGUGCCACCACCAGGACAUGACUCCUCUGACUUUGAUAAACUCAAAACUCAAGAGAACAAGGAAAUGGCUGCUAAAAUCCAGGAGCAGGAAGAGUUGGAAGCAAUGAAGGAGGCAGCCAAGAGUCAAGGUAGUGGUGAGUUGGGUGUGUGCCAGAACCUGGGUAAGAUCACUGUGAGUUUACAGUAUUCUGGAGAUGAUGACAGACCUUUGGACAAAACUCAGCUGAACUUCCAAGACUAUGAUGAAGAGGAGGAAGAAGAGGAAGAGGAUGCAGAUAAUGAAACCUAUAAUCACCAGAAUUAUACUGAGAAGGAAAUGGUCAGAGAGAACUCUGCAAAUAACAAGAUGGACACUGAUGUGCAGGAUACAACUGGAAUUCCUCUUUCUGUUACUGGUGCAGACACUGAAGACAUUACUGUUAAGGCUGGAGACAAGGAUAAUGUAGAUGUUGUUAAACAAGGAGACAGAGUCAAGGGACAAGAUAAAGAGAUGCUUGAAGAAGAACUAACCAAGGAGACAUUUGAAACUGAGAAGCAAGAUGAAGAAGACAUUGGGAUGGACCAGAAUGAGGAAAAAGAGGAGGACAAGGAUGAGAUAAUUGGGGAGGAGCUACUGUCUAGUGAUGAAGAGGAACUUGAGGUGGAGGCUCCAGCCAGCACCAGAAAACUGAGGCGAAAACACAAGCUUUUCUUUGAUCCCAAACCUACGACUGCAAAGCAGCGGCGGCGUCAGGAGCGGGAACAGAAGAGGAAGAAGGUGGGCAGCAACUUCUAUGAGGUAACCAAUGUGAAGAACCGCAAUCGUGACAGGAAAGUCCCUCAUAAAGUAGCACCUAUCAAGCGACUCUCCAAACGGUGAUUAGACUAAGUAUCCUUUAAUAUGUUUUUGUUAUUUACUAUAUGUGAUAUUUUAACUACAUCAGCACCUUUAAGGAAUAUGAUAAAUCUAGAGAUGAUAACAUUGGGUACUCUCAGUAAGCACCUGCUACUUUCAUGGCGUUUCUAAUUCUAGAGAAAGAAGAGGCUAAUCUCUGAAGAUGAAGGUGUUGAUUUCAUGUGCUGGCACCACUUUCAUUAUUUAAAGUGCUUGACUACAAACAGUGUGCAGAAUGUGUUUGGGUUUUAAUACUAUCUUUUACAGUGUAUGUGACAUAUGAAUACAUUAGAUUAGAGGUAUAAUAGAAUUUGUGGAAAGUUAAAGAGUAUUGGUCAGUUUGAAUGUGUAAGAUGCAGGGCAGAGGUGGAUAAGAUAGAUGAUAGCAGAUUGGCCUAAAUGAUGAGUCCAUAUUUAGAGGAUAUACUAUUUAGUUCUGUCAUACACAUCAUGUUAUCAUCUCAUCCUUUCAGAAACCAUCACUGCCAUAACUGACCUUAACCUUCAAUUAUCUAUUCCCUAUUGUAUCAAAAACACCCACUGCCAUCUGUAUCAUGUGCUUCUCUUCUCCCAGCAGCACUCCAUUAUCAGUGACACCAGUCUUAUGAACUACUCAACACAAUCAUAGAACUCAUAUCCUCUUCUCUAUCUUUCAUUUUUCUCUUACUUCCAUCCAUGUGUUGUAAAGGUUUAGUAUUGAAAGGAGAUGUGAAGCAGAAUAUGUGGUGCAUCAGUGGCUUCUCAACAUGGAUAUAGCAACAGCUGGUGUUGUUGAUCCAUUUUAAAGAUAACUUGUUCUUGGGUAUAAUUCUAUUUGUGGAAGAUUGACUGCAUAUUUUAAUUACCUACAAAAGCUUGUUAAUGUGGAAUGGCCAAGGGAAGACAGUAUGUGUUCCCUUUAGAAUUUUCAGGAAUGGGAGAACAGAAUGGAGACUAAUCACCAAAAGUAGCUGAAACAUGCCUCAUAUGUGUAUCAUUUAAUUUAUUUUGCCUUUCUUAUACAAAAAAAACCUGAACAUGAUUUUGCAAAAGUUGAAGACAGAUGUAAACACUGUCAGAACAACAAAGUUGAUCCUUCUAUUUGUCGGAACUCCCCAUUGAUUUUUUUUAGGAGCAGAUUUUUUUUUUUUUUUUUUUUUUCUAGAUUUUUUUUUUGUAUAGCAUUUUGUGUGAUCUCAAUUGUAUUUCAGGAGAAAAAGAAAGUCUAUAAUGAUCCUCAUGGAAAUGCACCUUUAUUUAAUCUGAACAAUAUACAUCCUUAAGUAAAUUUCUACUUAUAUUAUUGAAAAAGACAUACUUAUCUAAAAUAUUUUGUUCAUUAUAAUUGUGGAACAUUGGGCUUUGUUGAGCAAAUUUCUUCCAUUUAAAGGCACUGUGACUCCCUAACAGAAACUCUUAAAGCAUUUGACAUUAGACACCAAGGAAUUUUUAAAAAUGUGCCAAUAAACUUAUGUUACUGCUUUUCUACAAAAUUAUCAAUAUUUUAUACCAUUAAACUUACACAAAUUAAGAUCUUGAAGACACUAUGUUAGAUCUACUACUCAUUAAGAUGAAAAUACUGUUGAUUUUCUUCAUAAUUAUAAUAUAAUGCCA